AGCGGGGGCCGCGAAAAUGGAGGAAGGAGACCAUGAAGUUGUGUUCAAAAAGGAAACGGUCAGCAAAUUAUUGUCACUGUUUUUCAAGGACGACAAGACCAGAGCCAGCGGCGACGCGGUGCUGCUGAUGGCGGAGAUGCUGAAGAUAUUUGUACACGAGGCAGCGCGGAGGGCAGCUAAACAGGCUGAUGCAGAGGACAGCGAUGUGGUGGACAUCGAGCACUUCGAGAAGAUUCUGCCGCAGCUGCUCCUGGAUUUUUAGUUACUUUCAGCCAGCAGAGGGAGCCACUGUUCUGUCUACAAACCAGCCCCGCUGUUCCACCCCAG